AUGGACUUACAUCAUGGAGCACAGCCAAUGCAAGACUGGGGCAGGGAUGAUUCGACUUUGAGCGAUACUCGAGGACAGAAUGCUCAAGUCAGUGAAGACCAUGCCAUGAGACAUGAAGCAGACACACCUGAAUUACAUGGUGAUCUGAGUGUCAAUCAGACAAUGUCCCCACGAAUGCUUUAUAAGGUUGCUCGAGAAGCUCAGAUAGCGGUCAAUUUGGCCAGAGAGGAAACAAGGAUUUUGCGGCGAAAAUACGACGAUUUGCUGAACGAGACUGAAGACCCUGAAAUCUCGAGUCAGCAAGGUCCCCCCAAAAAGCAAGAGCUUAUGGACGUCGGCAGUGAGCUACAAAGAAAAAUCAAACAUACCAAGCAGCUGGGGCAAAAGUUCCUUGUGACGUCCAUGCUAUGGAUACAUGACCCAGUAAAUACAUUCAAGACAACUCGUGACGAUCAAUAUAGUCCACUGGGCCGGUUUGAAAACAUUGAGCAAAAGAUACAAGGUCAGAUUAGUGAGAUAUACGCAAACACACCUCGUGAACUUGUUGGGAUGAUUGGGCAGGAUUGGUUCGUAUCUGCUGCCCAGCGGUCAAAUGGUGCAAGCCGUCUUUGUGCAUGCGGCAACACUAUCUUUGAUUGUUCAGCGGCCGAUUUGAAGACAUCUGAGGCGAGGCGAAAUAAAUUUCUCAAUAAAAUUGGGUGGAGGAUGAACAGCAAAGGACACUCAGCUUUCAGCCUAUGGAACGUUGAGGUCCUCCAUGCUGAUUAUUCUGGGAAGUUCGACGUGAAUAAAGUCUUCCUUAACCCGCUCUUGAAAGUGCACACCACACCAGGCAUGGUUGCAUGCGCCGCUAUUUUGGCACAAUGGGUGCUCUCCCCUGAUAGUAUCCUGAAAGAGAGGGGAGCUCAGUCCGGCAUUAAUUGGCAUGAAGAUUUCGACAAUUACCUUGAAUAUCUCGAAAUUGGGCUGGGAAAAAGGAAAGGGAGUGUACUCACUAUCUUCCGCGAGUGGGACAGAAUACUUUUCCCACAUACCACAAGUGGCCUCGGAGGUCCACUGAACGACGAAGACAGGGAGGAGGCAAUGAAAGAAGCGAUGGAUGCAUUGAAUCAAGACGUUGAAGAGCUGCCGCCUAGUGAUCAAGAACAUGAUGAUGAUGGUGGCGUGAUAAGGGAGGGGAACGAUCUAGGUCCAGGCGAAUCAGAUAACGGCCUCGAAUCAGAAGGGGAAGCCUGA